AUGGUGGGCUCCUACACCACCCCCUCACCCCUGGACCCCUCCUUCCAGAACGGGACGGUCCAGGCGAACAACGUUUGCAUCUUCCAGGAGGAAUUCAAGUACUUCUUGCUGCCGGUGUCCUACAGCGUGGUCUUCAUUCUGGGGCUGCCCCUGAACCUGACGGCCAUGUGGAUCUUCGUGGCCAAGAUGCGCCCCUGGAGCCCCACUACGGUCUACAUGUUCAACCUGGCCUUGUCGGACUCGUUGUAUCUGCUGUCGCUGCCCACCCUGGUCUAUUAUUACGCCGACCACAACAACUGGCCGUUCGGAGAAGCUCUGUGCAAGACCAUGCGCUUCUUGUUCUACACCAACCUCUACUGCAGCAUCCUGUUCCUCACCUGCAUCAGCCUCCACAGGUAUAUGGGCGUCUGCCACCCCCUCCUUUCCCUGCAGAGGAUGAAGGCCAGGUACGCCCAUAUGUUCUGCGUGGGCGUGUGGGUCUCCGUCAGCGUCUGCUUGAUCCCGAACCUUUUCUUUGUUACGGUGAGCCCCAAAGGCAACGACACCAUAUGCCACGACACCACCACCCCCGAGGACUUUGAAGAGUAUGUUGAGUACAGCACGGCCGUCAUGAGCCUCUUGUUCGGCGUACCCUGCUUGGUCAUUGCCGGCUGCUACGGGCUCAUGGCCAGGGAGCUGAUGAAGCCCAUGGUCAGCGGGAUCCGCCAGACUCUACCUGCUUACAAGAGAAAGUCCAUCAAGACCAUCGUCAUCGUCCUCACGGUGUUCAUCAUUUGCUUCCUGCCCUUCCACGUGACACGCACGAUCUACUAUUACGCCCGGCUCUUGGACGCCAGCUGUAAUUCGCUGAAUGUGGUGAACCUAAGCUACAAGAUAACGCGCCCGUUGGCCAGUGCCAACAGCUGCUUCGACCCCGUUUUAUACUUCUUGGCCAGCGAGAAUUACCAGAAGAGACUGGUCAGUGCAGUGACCAACAUCUCCAAUGUGUGCAGGAGACAUCUACCCAUCAUCCAUCAUGUGCCCACAACCAACAAAAGGGACGGCCCGGCCGUAAUCCCCGUCCAAGGCGGCGUGGAAAAUAUCGGGAGCUUUGGAAACCUCCUGGGUGAUAACCAUGAAGUCCACCACCCGGGUGAAAUAGAAGUAGAGAUGGGUACCAGCAACAAGCAAACGUCCACGGAAUGCACGUACGCAAAAAAUAAAGUGAAAUGGAGAAACUCCAUGGAAGAAAAUGGAAAUGUUGGGGUGGGUGGAGCAGAAGACAAUGUGGGGGAGCCCAGGAAAGAUGAGGGAGACGUUGUAGAGGGGAAAAAGCGUGAUAAUGUGCCGUGGUGUUGA